GUGCUGUCUGAGACCAAGAGUGGUUUGUGCCUCGCGUCAAAAUCCAAACAGUUUUAAUUUUUAGGUUACAAUUCCAAUAUUUCCAAGCAAGGAAGCAUCUUUUGAAUCUCCAGGUUAGAUUGACAGCAUGGGAAGACGCAAGAGUAAAAGAAAGCCUCCACCCAAGCGGAAGGCAAUUGAACCCUUGGAUCAGCAUUUCAACUGUCCAUUUUGUAACCAUGAAAAAUCUUGCGAUGUGAAAAUGGAUAAGGGUCGGAGCUCGGCCCGUAUAACUUGUCGGGUAUGUUUGGAGGAUUUUCAAACGACGAUCAAUUUUUUAUCAGAACCUAUUGAUGUUUAUAAUGACUGGAUAGACGCAUGUGAGACUGCUAACUGAUUAAACAAGCGACAAAACGGGUGAAGAUUGGAGAGUCCAGGUGACAAUAAGUUUCCGUGGCAAAUGAAAACUUACAAAAUUAAGUUGAAUUAUUGAGACUUUUGUAUUGUUUAUAGUGAAAUUCAUUUUGAGCUGUCAGCAUUGUUUGAAUGGAAUCGAUUGAUGUUAUUCAUAUGAAAUGCUGACAGUUUGAAAUGAAAUCCACAAUUUAAUAUAGUAUUUUAUAUAGUAGGUGAGAGAUGUUGUGUGGUAGGCCUAGCCUAGGCCUAUUCUUGAACUAACUGAGUUACUGAAAUAUAUGUAUAAAUGUGUGUGUGUGUGUAAUUUUUAUGAUAAACAAUGGUAUAAUCUAAUAAAGCUCUUGUAAUUAU